AUGACCUGCCAAGAAGUGAGGGCAAGCUGCAACCCACCUGCACUAGAGCCAAAGAGGAUCACAGGGGGCCCCUCCCUGCAUUUUCAGUUCUCACUAAAAAGCAAAGAGAUCCUGCCACCUCCUCGCAAUGUGACGCCUGUGUCCAAGGAUUUCAAUCUGUUUGUGACAUGGCUGCCAGUGGACGCUGGCUCUUCUGGAGUGUUCUACACUGUCCAGUGGCGGAACCGAUAUCGCAAAGAGUGGGGCAACGUUACACAUUGUAGGAGCAUCUCAGAAACAAUCUGCAAUAUAACUUGUGUGUAUCCAGACCGAAGCAACCGAUUUAAGGUUCGGGUGCAAGCUCUGACGAAGAUCGGAUCUGCUUCAGUGUGGGUGAAUUCAGAAUGGAUAGAUCCCCCACUUCUUGUGGAACUUGCUCCCCCGAUUCUGCAUGUGAGAGAGACCAAGAAUCAAUUGGUUGUGAACACCAGUUUUUCGUAUCCAUCCUGCUUGAUGGACAUCUUACGGGAACUGUCCAAUGAAUUGCAGGUUUGGGCCGUUGGGUCAGACUUUAAGAUGACGAUUACCCAGCGGAAUACUCACAUUGGACAGAUGAAAGAAAGAAAUGCCGUGCACAUUAACACGACAGCAUUCAGCAGUGGCAAUUACUGCCUUAAUGCCCGAGCAUUCUUGGCAGAUGAGGAAGGAAAAUGGAGCAACUUCUCAGAAACUCAUUGCCUGCUGUUACAUAAUGAAGAAAACUGGAAUUUGGUUGCUCUUCCGUUGCUCCUCCUGUUCAUCUUACCUGCUGGUGUCUUUGGUUUCUUGUACUGGUACAAAACCAGAGCGACGUUAGUAAAGAUGCCCCGAGCUUUGGGCUUUUCCAACCACAAAGGUCCCAAGAGGUCGCUGGAAUUCGGCAGGAGGGAAUUGAUCAAGGUGGAUACUCUUGUAUGUACAGGGGAACCUGUUGUAUCAGAAAACAGGAGAAGGCCUACACCCCGAAUAGGGCUUCCUACAUAUUCAAACGAAGAAGAGGAAGAAGAUGAAGAUGACGAUGAUAGUGGACCUCCCAUACCUUACACUGAAACGUUACGAUUCCAAAAGAAAGACACAAACUACCAAAUGGCUGGCAUGGGUCAGAGUGCUCAUGACCCAUCUUCUGCAUCCAAAAGUGCUCAGCUAGAUGGAGGGAGCUUACCAGAUUUGAUGGUGUUGAAGCCAUUUGUUUGGACAGGCUGGGAAACAGAGGAGACCAGUUCUGGGCUCAAAGAGAGUCAGAGGAGCUCACUUUCAGAGGGUUCCUCUGUAGGGGGAUCCCUUGAAUUUCCAGAUAGUUGUCCAACUGCUGGAGAAGAAGGACAAAAUGUUUCCAGUGUGGACAUAGAUUUCUUGCUUCAGUGUUUCACCUUAACAGAAGGAGAUGACACUGCUGGGGUGCAGUUCACGGUCGCAACAGGCUUUCCCAAAGCCAGCUGUGGAAGACUAGAAGUUACACAAAUAUCCCUAUUAGGAAUUCAAGAUAACCAAAAGGACUCCUGUGGACUCCUUGGGGAGGUGGAGGAGGAAGAAGAUGAUCAUGGAUUUGAGAAUGAUUGCAGUGGUCAUGGAAGACUCAUGGCAGAAAUGCCUCUUUUGGAGGGUGGAACGGCAGGAGGAAACAGAGGCUUGAGAGAGGAAUCUACUCCAGGACAACCCAAGUGCCAUGGGUAUCGGCCCAAGAACACAACUUAUAUUUCAAGGACCUGCCUUUCCUGACUCUUUAAAUUGAUGGGAGGCCUCCUAAAAAGGUCUCCUAAAAGUAAUGGGAGAAGCUGUAGGGAUUCCCCUCCCACCAAGGUCGACGUUGCGAACUGUAAAUUUGCAGUGCAAAUUUUACGAUAAGGAGAAACAAACGUGGAAAUCACAGUGUUGUACCCCCUACUGUUAUGCAAGUCAGAUUUAGACACAUUGGCCUACGUCAGUCAGGGGUUCCCAAUCUGUGGUGCUCCAGCUGCUGCUGAUCUACAACUCCCAUCAUCUCCAUCUACAGUUUAUUGUGGCUGGGUAUGAUGGGCAUGGUAGUUCAGCAACAGCUGGAGUACCUCAGGUCGGGAGGUACUAACCUGUGUGAUGUCCAAGGCAACUCUGGUCUUUCUCACUGGCAGAGCUCCUGUGCCUGUAAAAGCCAGCCCUGGACGUGUUGUGCAAGAGCGCCAUUGCAUAACUGCUUGAAACAGCACACCCGCUCUUGCACACCGGAACUUAUAUGGGAAACCAUGUUAGUUCCAUUGCACAUGUGCAGGCAUGCUUCUGCUGCGCAUGUGCAGCAUUCAAUUUAAUGUGCAACCACAUUCUUGUGCCAUACCACUAUGGCUGGCUUUUACAUGCUGGAAAGGCAAAAGAGGAUUGUGUAUGUGUAGCCAUGCCGGCCGUUGGGUAAGGCUGCGUUGCCUUGCAGGUCAUGUGGGUCAUCUCCCCACCCUCAUAUUUUCCAUCAGAGCUCCUUGGGAUAUCAUUAUAAGUGGAGGAGACAGGCAGAGCCAUUGACUUGUACUUCUUUCCCAUAUUUUUCCAUUGUAUCCCUUGUUUCUCAUGUUUACAUGCUGCAGUAAUUCGGAGGCUUUUAAAAAAAAACCCUACAACUCUGUUACAGCUAGUCAAGUCAAAACAGGGUACCAGGAUUGAAAUUUCCCUGAUGGAGAAUGAGAAAGGAAGCAGAAGAUUCAAGGUGUACGUUUCAUGCUGCCUGUCUUGCUAUGUUGGGUGUGCACCUGAGAAGUUUUCAUGAGGUCAAGCUCAGUUGAUCUGGGUGUACUGUCCCAGUCUGGUCAAGGGUUCAACCACAUGGCCCAGACUGCAGUUCAGGAACACAGCAUAGUUCAGUCUUCUUGAAGAUCUGUCAGGACAUAUUACGGCUGUUCUCAAGAUCCUAAACAGUGUCUGAGGAGCACCCAGCCAGGAAAGAAGAGCCGAUGAUUGGCGGUCUUGUGUGUUUACAAAGAUCAAGGUAGGAAGAGGGGAGAGUGAUGGCGUGGGAGGCGGGAGCUGGGGAGGAUGGCUUUUCCUCCACCCUUGAUACACGCUAGGGACAGAUUGCAGGUGGGCCACACUCAUCCUACCCAGCCCCCGGCUCCCACAUGAUCACUUUCCCCUCCUGCUUUGAUCUUUGCAAACACAGGACCACCAGCCGAGAGCACACCUGGCUCUCCUAUCCUAACUUUGAUCGUGAGAAGAAGUCUCAAUCUGGACACCUAUCGAAACAUUCACAAGCCAAUGCCAAUGUCCUUAAAUCCGUUAAGCAGCUUGAUUUCAGUCCAGGACAAAAUAAUAGUGGAGUAAGUAGAGAGGAAGCUGAGCUUUUGGACGGAUGGCCAUGUAGAUUUCGAUUCAAUACAAAUGGAUGCAGGUGGCUGUUGUUGUUAUUGCCUCUGCUGCAACUUUGCAAUGCCCCCUCCCUCGCUGAAUAAGAUGUGAGGAAAGAGACGCCUCCCCUCCACAGAAAUCUCUAAGUCAGUAUUAGCCCCAUGGCACAAUGAAAGCUAGCUCAUCAAGCCGUGAGCAUCAACUACAUAAUGCCAGGAGAACAAAGACAUGUACAUGUUUGAUGUGUUGUUUAAUUUGUUGGAUACGUCUAUGGAUAAUUGCACCUAGAGGAACUGCAAUCCACACUGAAGUCGAGAUGUGCACGACCUGGUUCAUGCACUCCCGGGAGGCCAUGCAGAUUUCAUGCCAUGCAUGCUCACGUGCAUUGGCCAUUUCCGGUAUGACAGCAACCAGGGCUGCAGGGUGGUACGCUGCAGCCCCAUGGCAAUGGUUUUGGGGAGAACACCAGUGGGGGGAAAGCGGUGGGGCAGGUAAUGGCACCCUCCUUGCUGCUUAAAGCCCCCACCCCCCGCCUCUGAACCAGCUCCAACGCCAGACUUCCGAACCGGUUUGGCACUCCAGAAAAGGAGCGUUGAACCGGUUUGUGCACAUCCCUACACUGAAGUGGUGUGUGAAUAUCUUUGGUGGGUGGAUGUGAAUUUAUCUAUAUACUGUAUGUCCAUAUACCUCAUAUAGCAUUUACUGUGCAUUGUCACCCGCUCUUCUGCUAACCAGAGGAGAACAAGGUAGACUGAGCUGGGAAGCCCUGCCAAUGCUCCGCCCACUCGCUCCUCUGCCUUUUCUCCUCCACAUGGCCUGAAAUAAUUGGGAGAUGGAAGGGGAAUGGAGGAAGAUUGGUGCAGAGAAUGGCCUCUAUUUCCCCCCUUGCUUGAAGGCUACUGACACUCUUUCUCCCUGCCUCCAAGUCCUCCCAAGUCUUUUCAGAAAACAUAGAGCGGGAGAGAGAGAGGAUUUUGGCUACUGGGGGUCCAGAUUGCAUCCUCGACAGGCUGGAUUUGACUCAGUGGCUGCCUGAUGCUAACCCCUAGAUUCAAGGGCCAAUUGUGCGUCCACAUGUGUGGUAUUUCUUGUAGGUCGGCAUUGCAGGGACUUCCCAGGAACACACAGAGCUGGCUUUCAACUCUGUCCCCCAGAAUUGCUGGGUGUGUAGGAAAUCACCAUCUGCACCCCCUUCAAAUUACAGAGAGAGUCAUUCAAGCAGUAUUUUCUUUGGGAGGUUUUCUAUGACAAAGAGACAAACGACGUAGUCUUUUAACGCCUGUCAUAGACAGACAGAAGUGGAUGGGAAGUGUUCCUCUUUUAAUAAGCAGUAGCUGCAGGGAGUGGGGAGAUCAGCCUAGGGACUGUGGCAGGCAGGGAGGGGAGGUUAACGUUUCCCCCAUAUCAUUUUUGAUUGAAAAUCUUCCGUUUGCCCUCCGCUCAGGGUGACUGCUUGACCCUGAAUAGGUUAUUUGCAGCAAAUAGCCAUUUUGGCAAAUACCUGCUUCAGGGAAUGAUGUUUUGUAGGGACAUGCUGCAAGGGGAAAAUGUUUAUUUAUUAUUUAUUUAUAUUUUUAUUUAUCUCCCCUCCCAGGAGCAAAUCUAUACUUGUACAGCUGUGUUUGAAGAAUACGGGGCACUGAAGCUGCCGUGGCCUCCCUCAUCCACCCCACCAUUCACCAUCCGCCACACCAUUUGCAGCCUCCGUGGCCUGCCACUGCUGCUGUGAUCCUGCCACGCCCACCCUCCCCACCACUGCCCCACAAAUCCUUGCAGCCACCGUGGCUGGCAAAGGGAAGCAACUCAACCAGGGGACAGUAUCAUGACAUUAUACCAUGCUACAACCAGCUUGCUUCCCUUUGCCGGCUGCCGCAGUUAGCAGGGCUGCAGUGGUGGGUGAACUGGGACUGUGGUGGGAGGGGCAGUGGCAGUGGUGGCAAACUGCCAGAAAGUUUGAACGCCACCAAAAUCACUGUGCCACUGCCCCAUCCCAAGCCAAAUCUUCACCAUGUGGCUACUUUUUAUCAACAAAACGUAUACUUCUGGUCCGCUCUCAGCAUUAAACCCGUCUGUUAAUGACAAGUUUCAUGAAAUGUGUGGUGUGGCCAGUAUUUUGAGACACACACACCCCUCAUUCAGAUGCCUUUUGCUGGGGUGGUCCUUCCAUGAGUCACCUCGGACGGCAAAUUGUUGGGUGUCACCAGGGCAGCAAGGUGUCCUCAGGCACCUCGCCUGCCUCUCUUUACUGUCCUCCCCAACUGAGUAGAGAUUCGCUGCCACCAUCUCCUCCUCCUUCUCCCCUGUUGAUUUCUGCUGAGCUGAUAAUGAAAAGGGGGAGUAAGUGGAAGAUAAGAUGUGGAAAGGGCAUUAGUGGACUGGAGAUGCUCAUGCCAUGCUGUAUGCCAUGUGGUGGCGGAGGCAUGUGCACACAUAUACAGUAAGUGUGCACAUGGAAUCAAUUGGUGGCUAUUGCAGCCGCCCCUUGGGAAAGGGGAAAGGGUGACGUUUGAAAACCCAGUUUCAGGCACAGAAAGUCUAACACCAUCAUGCCUCUUGCUACCAUGAUCUGAUUUUUUUUGAGCAGUCUCUUGGCAACUGGACUGUCUCUCUAAAAGUUCAUCAUCAGAUCCUGAUGGAAUAGAUGCACCAGUAAUUCAGAUCACCAGCUCACAACCCUGAACAUUCUUCCUGUGCAUUUAAAUAUGCUGUAGGGGUAAAAUAAUAAGGCAGUUUCUUCUGACUGUUUCUCCCCUUCAGUCCUGUCUUCCCUUCCCACUGCCUGAUAUAGGGAAUAGGACUGCAGGUGUGUUUCCCAAUAAGCUUCUGUGUGUGUGUAUCCAUUCCUUUCCAAAGGAAUGGGACUAGGUCUGGUAGAUCUGUUAGCAUUUUGAUGUUUACAUUACCAAGGAGUGUGUGUUUCAUGUUUUAUUCCCAUAAAUGGGGAAAAUUCAAAUAAAAUUUGCAAAAGUUA